CAUUGUAGGCACUUUAAGGGAACAGGUUGGAGACGGGAACAGAAAUUCAAAUUGUAUAUUUUAAAAACAGAUAGCAGGCAUGAAGAUUGCUGCAUUCAACGUUCAGAAAUUUGGGAUAUCUAAAGUUUCGAAACCAGAUGUCCUCUCAACCCUAGUAAAGAUAGUGUCUCGAUAUGACAUUAUACUGAUUCUGGAGGUGGUGGAUGUGAGUGGCGACUCUGUCAAAGUGUUUUUGAAGGAAUUGAACAGAGUCUGUACAACCCAUCCCUAUACAAUCCAACUGAGUGCCCGUUUGGGGAGGACACGCUACAAGGAGCAGUUCCUAUUUCUAUACAGGGAAGAUGUGGUGACUUUGAUUGACAGUUACCAGUAUGAGGACAAUCAAGCCAACGACGUGGAUGCUUUUGCUCGAGAGCCAUACAUCCUUCGCUUCAAACCCCAUGACACUGUACUGAAGGACUUAGUGCUGAUACCAGUGCAUACUACUCCCAGGGACUCCGAGAAUGAGCUUGAUGAACUGUACGAUGUCUUCCUGGCGGUCAAAAACAAGUGGAAAACUGAUAAUAUAAUGAUCCUGGGGGAUUUCAAUGCAGAUGGAGCUUAUGUCUCAAAGAAAGAGAUGAAGGACAUUCGGAUCCGCAGUGACAAAAACUUUCAUUGGCUGAUCAGAGAUGAUGUAGACACUACGGCCAGUGCUUCCACGGACCACACUUAUGACCGGAUUGUUGUAUAUGGUAAUGACAUGUUGGCAGCCAUUGUCCCAAACUCAGCCAAGCCUUUUAACUUCCACAAAGUGUAUAGGAUGACUGAAGAAAUGGCCCUAGAUGUCAGUGAUCACUAUCCUGUUGAGGUUGAAUUACGAAGCUUGACUUGGUCUCAAGAAACAAAACAAAAAAGCGAUUCCGACACAGAUGUGUUACAGAAGGAGGUGUUACAACUACAAAAGGAAAACCUAUUACUGGAGAGAGAGAAACUCCAACUACAAAUCUGUUUACUCAAACAACGACUUGCCAAAACACAACUCAGGAAUCAUGAAGACUGAAUUAUCAAGACAAUAAUCUUUUAUAGCCUAUAUAACUUUUAUAUUU